AUUGCACACAGGACUUUGGAAAGUUUAUGGGACUAUAAAGUGUCGUGUGCAAAUAAAGAACGCGCUGUCUCUCUCUCUCCCAUAGCGGCCUGUGUUAUUCGCAAAGGUUUGAGUAUUUGCACACCACCCUAUAGUUUUACACUCAUUUUGACACAGAACUUUGGACAAACCAGAGACAAGGAAAAGAACCAUGGCGGUGUCUUCAAGGCCUUAUAGUGUCGUGGGCAUAACACUACUUUUACUUUUCCUCCAAUCUUGUUCGGUUUCGGCGGAAAAGGAUUUGUUCAGACCCAGACGAGAAGCAGACGACCACGACCACGACCACCAUUCAGAUGAGGAACACUUUGUAGCUGUCGGAAAUUAUCUGUUAGAUCAGGAGUUAUCCGCACAGAGAACCUCCGGUGAUUUUGAGGAAAAUCAUGACCAAAACAUUACUUCAACACAAGUCGACAUUUUGAUUUUGACGCUCUUUUCAAGGGUUGGAUGUGAAAGUCUUGUCAAUAACUGCUCCAAGUGCGCCGAUGAUUUUCAGAAUGAUCUAUUCAACGCCCUCAACGUUGACCCGACGAAUGGCUUCAGUGAGGAUGUCUUUCACGAAGCAGCUCCGCUACUGCUCUAUGCUCUCUUCGACCUGGAGGCCUUGUGCGCCGCUGGACCUGGCGGAACAGACCUUGAUGAGGAAGUAGUGCUUGGGGAGUUGAUGUCUGCCGGAGAAAACGGGACGAAUACCACCAUGUCCGAAGAAGACCUGGAAGAAAUCUUACAUGUGAUUAGUGAGAAUUACACGGCUACAACCCAAGCAACGUGUUUCGAUGUCGAAUCGGUGUUUACCGCAACUGUUGAAGACCACGAAGCCGGAGCGAACGAAAGCGAGGUCCAUAGCGUCGCCGAGGAAGUGAUCAACAGCAUUCUUCACGGAUACUGUAUCGGCGAGGCAAGUUUACCAUCUACCGACGAUUUUGUGGAUGCAGUUUUCGAUUCCUACGCUGCUGAUGGAGUCAUUCCUGAAGAAGAAUUCGAGCAUUUGGUUUCUGAUCUUGGUAUUGGGGGCUCUUCUGGAGAACAUGACGACCACGAGGACCACGAUGACCAUGAUCACCGUCGAAGGAGACAUGUCGACAUUCCGGUGGCAGCGGUGGGAUACAUACAUCGCACGGAGCGUGCCGUGGAUGACCACGAUCAUGAUCACGAUGGACACUCGGAGGAGUUAAACGUAUCUUCUACAUGCUACACGGGGGAGGAACUCCUAGACAUUCACGGAAUCGAACACGAAGCUGGUAUCACGGAGUCCCAGUACGCAGCCCUGUGUCCAUCCCUAGUCCAGCAGAUCCUCUCCGGUUCCUGCAGCAGUGAUGAACAUAAUGACCCAACUGAUGCGAUUACAAACGCCGAGAUUUGGGGCUAUGGUAACCUGGUUGUCCUCAUCAUCAGUCUCCUCGCCGUUUUCGGGGCUAUUUUUGUUCCAUGCAUGUCCGGUUUCGUGUACGAGGCUGUUAUUCAAACAAUGAUGGCGCUCGCCGUAGCAACAUUGACAGGGGACGCCUUGUUACAUCUUAUACCACAGGCUCUCGGAUUACAUUCUCAUGGUGGUUCGGGCCACGACCACGCCGACCACGGUCCGACCAGCCCCGAGCUAGCCUACGUAUGGAAAUGUCUCGUGAUAGAGGUAUUCAUCUACGUAUUCUUCCUGAUCGAGAGGAUCGCUAGUAUGACUGACGUCUGUGGACAUGAUCAUUCCUUAGACAAGGCAGCAAUGGGAACAGACACUGCUAAGACCCCCAUUACCGCCUUCCAACGGUCCACAAAGGUAUCCGAUUCUACAAAGCAACUGGCAACGGCUGAGAACGGAGAAGAUCAGAAGGUCAGAUACAUGAAAGGUUGUGGGACCGUUCCUUUCAUGAUCGUGGUGGGGGAUGCUCUUCAUAAUUUCGGAGAUGGACUUGCGAUCGGGGCUUCAUUCACUCUUGGGAUCUCUGCCGGUCUCAGCACGAGCAUCGCCGUGUUCUGCCACGAGCUGCCUCACGAGUUAGGGGACUUGGCCAUUCUUCUUAACCAAGGAAUGCGCCUGCCAAUAGCUGUGUUUUGGAACCUUCUCUCCGCGUGCACAUGCUUUUUGGGAUUGUGGGUCGGCAUCCCUCUCGCGCAGACGGAGAACGCGGCGGAAUGGAUUUUCGCUGCUACCGCCGGCACGUUUCUUUACGUUGGACUUGUGCACAUGCUCCCCCUUCUGCAUUCCUACAAAGGCGAGAGAAAGGGAACCGUCUUCAUUCUGCAGAAUAUCGGCUUCCUGCUUGGGACACUCCUCAUCCUGCUCAUCGCUCUCUACGAGGACGCCAUUAACGUCGCAAUCUGAAAAGUCGACCUACGAACAUCAUAAGACGAGACAUGCGAGACCAACGAAAUGGGAUCUCGAAUCCAGACUGAUGAAAGAAUAGGCGGAAAAAAGAGAGGGAAGGUGGUUUUAGGGAAGGGGGGGGGGGGGGUGGUGUUUCGCUUCCUGUGUGGCCGGGGGGAGGGAAGGAAGAGGGUAAGGGCUUUUUAAGUGCAUAUCACUCAUUAGAGGAGAGAGGGGAGGGGUGAGCUCUUACACAAUAAUUUAUCUUUAUAUAAUCAAAUUGAUUUGAUUUCUUUAUCUCUUUUCAGUUAUUUGAUACAUGUUACUGUAUGAAACUUUUUAUGUAUUUUGCUUAGUGUAUUUAUGUGAUUCUUUAAGCGAACAAACUCUUUUUUUUUUAAUUAAGCUGAGUAAUGUAGUUAUGUUAUUUUCUGAAGUGUGGACUCUAUUGGAGUCGGUUUCGUUGGUGAGACUUUAAAAAAUAUAUAUAUAGCAAAGGCCUUAUAUUAGAUCAGGCAUGCGCAGUUUACUCUUUCAUACGAUCUUUUUGGCUCAUGCUGUUAAUAAAAAUACUUAAUACAAAUGUACAACAAGUUCAGAUAAUGCCUGUCAACCACCAAGCUAGUUAAAACAAACAAAAACACUUAAACAAGUAGAAAAAUGUAGAUUACUUUUGUUGAUGUAAUAAAUAUAUAGCAAAAUCGUAGUGUAUUUAUAAACUGAACUACGCCAUAACUUUGCAACUUGCCUAUGUCAACGCAAUAUAAUUUUUUUUCUCAUUACUCAAUGCUUUCAAAACUUUGUAAGAAAGCAUUCGCAAGUAUGAAAUAGCCUCUCAUAUGUUUGAAGUGUUGUAAGAAUUCCAUUCUCCGUCAUUAUGCUAUGCAGAAAUUUAUGCAUUGAAGUGGAAGUUCAGCCUGACAAAAAGUUUAUUGUAAACAUAGCAGAAGAAAAUAACAAAAAAGAAUAUUGGUGACGAUUUGAGGAAAACCCGUCAAAGAUUUAAAAAGUUAUUUGUGACGUCAUAUGCGAGCAGCUUCCCAUAUAUCGUGAAUUAAAAAAAAUCAAUGAAAUGUGCUUUUCACACACACAAAAAAGAAUGAAAAUUAGUUAUAUUGUUUCUUAUGUAUAUCCACAAAUUAUUUUACCCCAACUUUUGAAGGAAGAAAUUUUUAGUCAUCAUGAACCAUUAAACAAAAAUGAAAUUUAUGCAUUUCAUAUUACAUAACAGUUGCUCGUAUAUUUUUUUUAAAAUAAUCUUAUUAAUCCUUAAUGGAUUUUACUCAAACCUUCACCAAUAUUCAAUAUUAUUUUUCCCGGUAUUUUUACAACAAACCUUUUUGUCAGGAUGAUUUCUCACUUUAAUUGCUAAAAUUGUCUUAGAUAUAUAUAUUUCCAUGAUUUGUAUUUUGUCUUAAUGGUCCAACCAAUAUUUAAGAUAUUUUAGCUUAUCUAAAUAUUAGCGAAUUUAAGUUUUGAGCGAAGUCGGAGGAGAAAAAUCAAACCAUACGCUUUUGUUUGUUGUCCCAUCAUUCCCGACAAAUUUUCCCAUCCAUGAUCUUUUAGUCUCUUCUCUCAUCAAACACAUCUGAAUAUAGUAAAAUAUUGCAUUCAUGAUCAUAAAUUCAAAACGUAUUCAAUCAAAUUACACCAUAAUUACAUAGCUUGGUUUGAACGUACAAUGAUCGUCAUCAACACAUCCAUACAUUUUUUUGAAAAUAGAUUAUUGACAAUUCUAAUCGAAAACGGAACAAAAGUCGUGAAUAAAUUAUAAAUCAUUUAUAUACAAACAAAAUAUAUAUUUUCAAAUCAAAUACAAACACUGAAAUGCAGUUUUACCUAAAAUCAGACAAAUUAUUCACUAUUCCUUGAUGGUUGUAUCAAACACAAAUUGUUACAUGUUUAAUCGAUCUGUAAGCGAAAUUACUCUCUCUUUAUAUUAAUGCAUGUGUCAUUGUUUGUAGUCUGUGUGUUUGUAUAAUAACAUAUAUUUAAUCUGAAAUUAAAAAUAUUAUCAUGUUCAUCGGAAAUUAUUGGCCCAGUAUUUGUAACUUAAGUGUACAUUUCAGACGCAAUCACUGGACUGCCCGUAGUACAGUUGAUGUAGUGCGACUUCAUACGUUAACUAUAAUAUAUUUUACAUGUGUAUUGUCACACUUGCCGUGAUUUUGUUGUGGAAGUUUGUGGUGAAAACUUAUGUUUAUUUAUGAAUUUGAUUUCUCUUGUUAAAUCAAGCUAACUUGGAGGUUAAUAAUUCAUAUUGCUGCUUCCCUCCACAAAUUUAGUAAAGAAUUGACUUGAGUAUACCGUCCAAGUUUAUUGACUAGAUAAGCCAAUACACAAACAGAAUAAGGCGAGAUGAUUAAAUAUUGCGGAAUACCUUACCUAUUCUGGGGCCCGUAACACAAAACUUAGCAAUGAUCGUAGAACAUUUUUCUACGAUUGAUUCCAUAGACUACAAUGUACAAUCAAUCGUAAAAAUCAAGCGUACGAUCAAUCGCUAACCUUUGUGUUACAGGACGCUAGUUAGGCAUAAUUAUGUGUGUGAUGGGGCGUCGCAAGAAAUUACGUUCAAUUGCAAAUUAAUCCGAGGUCUCUAAAUCAAUCAUAAUUAUGUUUUGUAAUUGAUUCGGCAUUUGUCAUUUAUUGCUUAUAGGCUUUUUGUAGCAGGGAGUUAAAUAAUUUGUCCUAGCUAUAUAAAUGAUCGGUCGUUUGUAAAAUUGCAAGGCAAAUUUGCAAUUGAUUGCAAAUUAUCUUUCUGUUCUUUCAGAACCCAGCGACCAAUUAGUUCAACUUUGUAUUUUCAUCAUCAUUGACUAUAAAGUCAAAUGCCAUCGUUGUGAGCAAAUUUCUAAUAAAAGAAGAUUUUUUAUCUAUC